ACCCCGCCGAGAAGGACGGCAGGGACAAGGGCUGCUGCGCCGCGCUGCUCCAGCACAAGACCCCUCAGGCCAUCGGCAAAGGCGUCCUGAGCCGGAGAGCGGAGAAUGAAACUGUUUUACACCAGUUCUGUUGCCCAGCAGCUGAUGCAGAGCAGAAGCCUUCAUCUCCAGACUCCUCACCAAGUGACGAUCCCAGCGGUUCCACAAGCAAGAAAGCCGGGUGUGAAACGGAGGAUCCGAAGGAGGCCGGCAGACAGAGUGGCCAGGAAGGCAGGUCCGACACCCUGACGCUAAAAGCCCAGCAUGAGGAGCUCCAAGAAGAGCAGGCAGCGGGGUGUUCCCCUCUGGUGCAGAAGGCGAGCCUCCACCACACGGGCUCCCCAGUGAGAGUGCAGCGCAGCAAAGGGACGGCCUCGUGUUCCCAUGCGGCUGCCUCCGAUUAUGAGCUCUCCCUUGACCUAAAGAAUAAACAGAUUACAGUCCAGGAGAGCUGUUGUGCAAAACGGAACCUAAAGCACAAUUUGUGCCUUUUCCCUGGGAAGGCAGCUCAGCCAGAGGCUCAAGGAUAUGCAGACCCUGCAGUCUGUGAGAUCGAAAUGCUAGAGCACAAGUACGGCGGCCACCUGGUGUCUCGCAGGGCAGCUUGCACCAUCCAGACCGCGUUCCGGCAGUACCAGCUCAGCAAGAACUUUGAGAAGAUCCGCAACUCCCUGCUGGAGAGCCGCAUGCCACGCCGCAUCUCCCUGAGGAAAGUCCGCGUCCAGAACUCGGAGAGCUUCUCUGCGGAGAAAGCCCUGGUGGAGGGGUACAACUUUGUGGGCAUCCCACUGGUGAGAUCCCCAUCCUUGCCAGCCACCAUCAGUGGGGCACUGACCGAGCUGGAGGACUCCUUCACGGAACAAGUUCAGUCCCUGGCCAAAUCCAUUGAUGAUGCCCUCAGUACCUGGAGCCUGAAGACCAUGUGCUCCCUGCAAGAUGGGGGCUCGUACCAGAUCAGGGAGACCUUCAGCGCUAGCUCCAUGCAGCCAAACCAAGACUUAGAAGCUGAGCUGCAGGAUCAGGAGAAGGAGGAAGGUCUCCUGCCAGAUACUCUACCCAAGAGCAGCAGCACACUCAUGAUGGCUUUCCGAGAUGUCACGGUUCAGAUCGACAACAAGAACAUCUCUGUCUCAUCGUCUACCUCGGUGUCCAUGGCAAACUGUCUCAGCAGCAGUGACCAGGCUGGACCCUCUCCAGCUGCCAAGGCUGAAGAAAGCCCAGGAGAAGGGGAGGGAGAAGCCAGUGAACUACCACCUGCCCCAGAGAGCUUACCUGAGAACAGCCUCCCUUCCACCGAGGUGGAUGUCAGUACCAAUGGCACGGGGGACAGCGGUGCUGAGCCGGAUCAGAUGGCGGUGCAGAAGAUCCAGUUUGAUGCAAGCAAUGAGGCAGGGCAAAGCAAAGGCUCUGAGUCUGAGAAUGCAGACAACUCAGAGCAGCUGAGCAGCAGCAGCACCUCCACUUCAGCCAAGUCAGCCUCUGAGGUGUCCUCAAAAGAAGCCCUGCAGGCCAUGAUCCUCAGUCUCCCGAGGUACCACUGCGAGAACCCAGCCAGCUGCAAGUCCCCCACACUUUCCACAGACACCAUGAGGAAACGCCUUUACCGCAUUGGACUGAACCUCUUUAACAUAAACCCAGACAAAGGGAUCCAGUUCCUGAUCUCCCGAGGCUUCAUCCCGGACACCCCCAUUGGGGUGGCACACUUUCUGCUGCAGCGGAAGGGCCUCAGCCGCCAGAUGAUUGGGGAGUUCCUGGGCAACAGCAAGAAGCAGUUCAACAGGGACGUCCUGGACUGUGUGGUGGACGAGAUGGACUUCUCAGGCAUGGAGCUGGACGAGGCCCUGCGGAAAUUCCAGGCCCACAUCCGCGUGCAGGGUGAGGCGCAGAAGGUGGAGCGGCUCAUCGAGGCCUUCAGCCAGAGGUACUGCAUGUGUAACCCAGAUGUGGUCCAGCAGUUUCACAACCCAGACACCAUCUUCAUCUUGGCCUUUGCAAUCAUCCUCCUCAACACGGACAUGUACAGCCCCAACAUCAAGCCUGACAGGAAGAUGAUGCUGGAGGACUUCAUUCGCAAUCUCAGAGGGGUGGACGACGGUGCUGACAUCCCUCGGGAGCUGGUGGUGGGGAUCUAUGAGAGGAUCCAGCAGAAAGAGCUCAAAUCUAAUGAGGACCACGUAACUUAUGUCACCAAAGUGGAGAAGUCCAUAGUUGGAAUGAAAACGGUCCUGUCGGUGCCCCACCGCCGGCUGGUGUGCUGCAGUCGCCUGUACGAAGUGACCGAUGUCAACAAGGUGCAGAAGCAGGCAGCUCACCAAAGGGAAGUUUUCCUCUUCAAUGACCUGCUGGUGAUCCUCAAGCUUUGCCCGAAGAAGAAGAGCUCCUCAACAUACACAUUUUGCAAGUCAGUCGGCCUGCUGGGGAUGCAGUUCCAUCUCUUUGAGAAUGAGUAUUACCCCCAUGGCAUUACACUGGUGACUCCGGUUUCAGGCUCAGAGAAGAAGCAGGUACUACACUUCUGUGCUCUGGGUGCUGAGGAAAUGCAGAAGUUUGUGGAAGACCUGAAAGAGUCAAUAGCAGAAGUGACAGAACUGGAACAGAUACGAAUUGAAUGGGAACUGGAGAAACAGCAAGGGACCAAGACUCUCUCCUUAAGGACCAAUGGAGCCCAGAUGGAGCUGCAGUCUAAGCAAGGCUCUCCAACAGGCAAGAAGGAUUUGGGGGAGAAGGUCUCGGACAGCACAGUGGAGGUGUCAAUUCACAACAGGCUUCAAACGUACCAGCACAACUCCGCCCUGGGGCCCGAGAGUGGAAUGCAGCCCAGCAUGCGUCUUAACAUGCCACGGGAGCGGCUGGAGACAGCACUGGUGCCCUCGCACCCCGCCUCGGCGGGGACACUUGUACAGUGCCAGCAGAUUGUCAAAGUCAUUGUCUUGGACAAGCCGUGCCUCGCUCGGAUGGAGCCGGCCCUCAACCAGACUCUGACUCGCUACGUCACCUCCGACUCCUGCACCUCCACGCCCUGGCGCGGGGUGGGCAGUGGGCUCCCUGGGACCCCCGUGAAGCUGCUCCAUCAGCCUCCCCUGCCGCCUCCCCCCCCUCCCUACAACCACCCCCACCAGUACUGUCCCCCCAGCUCGCUGCUUCAGAGGCGCAGGUACUCCAGCGGCUCACGGAGCCUCGUGUAGCCGCACCACCAGCACCAAACAGCACACACACACCUCCCCGCUUCCCCUCCUCUCCCAGGGACCCUUUCUGCCUACAGAGAUCUAGUUUGUGAUUUAUUUUUUAGUAAAACAAGAAGAAAAAAAAAAAAAAGCCAACUGACCUAACUCUUGCCCCGUCUCCCCUCAAGAUGAUGCUAUUUGUGAGGAGCCAUCUGUAGAAACCGCUGACCUCCGUGCUCACACAUCCUCACACCCUGCCAGCCCGGCUGGCCUCUGUGCUCGUGCUGUCCCCAUGUAGCACUUUGCUGCCCUGUUCCUCAGAGGCUUGAUGACCUGCUGCUUUCUAGGCACCGUGUCUUCCGAUUCCUCCUCCUCCUCCUUUCCUGCCUUGCGUUUACCCGGCCAUAGGUUUGUACCCCCUGAAACUUCGCCAGCCUCGGAGAGAAAAGGACUCACUCGUGCCAAGGGCCGACCUUGGGGCGCUCCUGGGGUUCUCCCUGCCACCAUCGCUGCCGCCUGCUAAGCCGGAGUGAGAGCUCGCACCACUUGCCACGCUUCCUCCUCAUCCCUCCAAGUAUUAUUUCCUCGCAGCAGCCAGCUCCAAGUGCAGGAGUGCACGAGUGGAAGAGAGCUUGAGAGGAGGAGAGACUGUCCUGAGCUGCAGUACAACACGAAGAUGGCCUCGCUGAACACCAAAACUUUUCCUGUUGUUAUGUUGGAGCAUUGUAGCAGAGUCCUGUGCCGAGAGCUAGCAGACCUCCCCACGUGUAAAUACAGCUGUGUGGUAGCGUA